AUGGUCAAGAAGACAAGAAAUAGAAGUGCAUCAUUCAAAAGAAAACGACAAUAUGAUGUUGGUAAUCGAUGGAGACAAUUAAAAGGCUUAGGAAACCGAUUUAUCCAAGCAAUGGAUCAUCAAGGAUUACGCUCAGAUAAAGAAAUAGAAAUGGAAGGAGAUAGUGUUGAUGAAGUGGAAAUUGAACAAUUAUUAAAUAUGAUAACCAUGCCUAUAUACUUAGAAAAAUAUAUGUUUUUUACAUUAUUAGCAUGUUUUGAUUGCUUCCUAUAUCAUUUCACAGGAUUACCAAUUAAAAUCAUUCAAAAUCUUUCCUUAACAAGGAAAAACAAAACUAUUACCUUUCCUACAGGAUUGAAUAAGCAUAAACAACGGAAAAAUUGGUUAACUAAGACUUAUAAAGAAAGAUGUCUGGUGUUUCUUAUUGGAGUAUCUUCCAUGUUUCUAAGCAAAUUGAAUACAUCAAUCAUCUAUCACCGGAUUAAGAGACAAAGUGCUAUGAAAUUGUAUAUGCUUUUCAGCGUCUUAGAGAUGGCAGACAUUUUACUUGCCAGUAUGGGUCAAAGUCUUUCUGCUGUAGUGUUAUCAAGAAUUGGAUACGGAAGAAAGAUAUAUCAGAAGGGAUUACUAAUUUCUUUGAGUGUGAUAUAUAUUCUAUUACAUGGUUAUGUCUUGGUAUAUCAAGCAGUUGCAUUGAAUGUGGCAGUUAAUUCAUAUUCGAAUUCAUUAUUAACGCUAUUAUUAUCCAUGCAAUUUGCUGAAAUAAAAUCGGCUGUCCUGAAGAAAUUCGAUAAAGAAGGUUUAUUCCAAAUCACUAUUGCAGACGCUGUAGAGAGGUUCAAGCUAUUUCUUCUCUUAAUGAUAAUCAUAUUAAGAAACAUUAGUGCCAAUCCCAUUGGACUUCCGACAUCAUGGUCAUUUAAAAAAAGUUCCACUGUCUUGAUGAAUUUCUUAUCGGGGCCCUUCAUCAGUGUCAUUGGUAGUGAAAUUAUAGUGGAUUGGGUCAAACAUGCAUACAUAAACAAAUUUAAUAGAAUAAGACCUGAAAUUUAUGAUAAAUUUUUCUACAUCACCUAUAACGAUCAUACGACCAGUUUGAGGAAGUUUCAAGAUAGAAUGGGAUUACCUAUACCUGCCUUUGUUGUAUUAUUUAUAGUUAUGGUCCGUCCCACAUUAUUCCAAAUUUUCCAACAAUCGAAUUUUCCCCUCAUAACUCAGAGCAUAAUAAUAUUAAUUUUCAGUUUUUGGAUAUUAGUGAUGAUGAAAUUUAUCUUACAUACAAUCUUGGAAAAAUGGGGGGUACAAAUUCAAAAAUCAUGGGAGAAGGUGCCUGUUGAUACCACUGUUAAAGAGUCACAGUAUGUUCCAGGAAUGUUAUCCGACGGACAAGGUAAAGUAGAUGAACUCUCCAGAAUGGUGAUUCAUUUGGAUGACAAAAUAGACUUCAAGAAAAGCAACCAUCCAACGUAUCUACCAGAGAGGUCUACAGAACUACCUCCAAGUCUUAAUGAUAAACGUAUUGAGAGAAAUUUGAAGAAACCCAAUGGGCUUGAAGAGGUGGCUCGAUAUAAGAUGGUCUCCAAGAACAUUUGGUAA